AUGAUAAUGUCCUAAGGAGGAUCAAACUUUCAUUUACCCUUAGAGCAAGAUAUAUAAGCAGUAUAUCCUAUGACAGAAGGGUUAAUAUUUUAAUUUUAAAUAAAAAAAGAGAUAAAAUUUAAUGAUAUAUUAUUGAUAAACAGGAAUUAUAAUAAAAGUAAAUACUCAAUGUAUGAAGAAAACAUAUUUUAAAAUAAUAACGCAAACAACAAUAAUAAAGAAAAUUAAUUAUAUUCAUAUGUAACUAUAAACAAUCAUCCAUCAAGUUCGUUAAAAGUAUUAGGAAUAUUAAAAAGAAGUGACGAUUCAAUAAUACCAUGGCUCGAUUCAUAUGAAAAGAUAGUUUAUGUUUGUAAAGAUUUACCAAUAUUAAUAAGCUAUAAUAGAAUUUAAUAACGACAUGCUAUUCAUUUAAUUAGAGCCAAUUUAGAAGCUUUUGAAAAGGAUUCAACAAAAUUAAAUUUAAAUGGAAUUUUUUAUUCCCUUGGACAUUUUUCAGAAGGUGAUUUUUUACCUGAAAUGAAUACUUCUUAUAUUGUAAGUGAAAUAUUUUUCGAAGAAAGCAUAAAAGUAAAUAUGAUGCAAAAAUGUGCAAUUUUAAAAAGUGGAAAUCAUGGUGAAUUCAUUAUCGCAAUGCUUAUUUUUGACACUAGUUGUUAUUUAAAACUUUAUUCUCUUUCUUUUGUUAAUUAAGGUGAAAAUAUGCAAAAUGUAGAUUCAGUCUAGAACUUCUAAAUUAAUGCCUUGAAAAAUUUCGUUAUUAUUAAUGAUGUCUUAGACUUUUUCCCUGUUAAUUUAUUUUAAACUGAAGUUUCGAUACCUUAAAUUUAAGAUUUUUAAAAAUAAGUUUUGAGAAGAAAAAAUGAUAAAAACUCAAAUUUUAAAUGCUUAUUUUCUAAUGAAAUUAAAUUAAAAUAAGGGAUUAUAAGUUUUCAUAAAAAUGGGUCUUUUUAAUUACAUAAUGGACUUAUGAAAUGUAUUAUGAGAUUCGAUAUAUCUAUACCUGCAAUAAUUAUCGGAAACUUCAGACAAAUUAAGUCUAUUAAUAAUUUUAAAAAAUUUAAAUGGAUUUAUUCUUGCUGA